AUGCUGGACCUCAUUAUUCUGAGCCUCCAUUUCUUCAUCUGCUUUCUCAUCUCCGUUGCGAUCUGGCGUGGACCUAAGGAUGUGGAUUCGUCCAGCUCAAGCACAGGAACAGUUGAAAUGGAGCCAGAUAGUCUUAUAUUAAUUGGCAAAGAAGAUGACAUAAAGAGGUCCCGAAGAAUAACAGCCAAAGUCAAUGGCAGAGAAAUUGUUGUUUUCUACCACGAAGGGAAAUUUCAUGCUAUGGACUCUCGCUGCUACCAUGAAGGAGGCCCUUUAUGUCUUGGAGAAAUAGAGGAUAUCAAUGGUCAGGCGUGUAUUAUUUGCCCUUGGCAUAAGUAUACAAUUACUUUGGAAACAGGAGAAGGAUUAUACGAAGGAAUAAACCCUUUGGAGCCAUCACCGACACCACAGUGGCUAUCAAAAGGAGUCAAACAAAGGAUUCAUAAAGUCACAAUAGACAAUGGAAAUGUUUAUGUGAGUCCUCCAGAUUUGUCUGUAAGCUUUGACUCUGAUUAUUUUGCUGAUAAGUACAAAAAUGGUGGUGACUUAGCCAUGGAAAAACAAAGCAACUCACAAGCAGCAGAGUAAAUUGUGGCCAGAAAGCAAAAUCCUGGUGAAUGCACCAGCGAAGAACCACGGUCAUGAAAUAAAAAUGUACUGUGGCCGUAAAGAUUGUCUCCAGACUAAAUUCUAGUGUUAAGGUUAUGUUAAAGCAUUGAAACACGGGGAAUUGAGUAAGAUAAGAAGCUCUGCAUUGUCAGAAAUGUGACUGAUCUUGUGCCAAUGAUUUUUUUUUUUUGCACUUCCAUUUUAAAAAGACUUAUUUACAGCAGAGUGCUUCAUAACAUUUGGUAUUUUAGAAAUCCUAUUUUGCUAGAAUUGUUUUGAUUUUUAGAAGGGUAUGUAGUAUAUUACUGCUUAUAAAACACGUUACAUAGUUUAAGGUAAAUAGCCAGGGGUAAAGGUUAUGUUUAUAUACCUAACAGUUUAUACUUAUAAUGCCUUUGGUAUGAAUGACAUGGAAAUUUUUAACGUUUUAGAUAUGUGACCAAUCUCUGGAUGUUUAUUAAGUGCCACAAAAAGAAGUACAAAACUUGAGCAUAUUUUAGUGACCUUCUUUAUGCCUCUUUGUGUAUUACUAACAUGAUUCCAUAGAAGUAUUUAUUUUCCUUCUUUGCACUGAGCUCCUUUUGGUAGUUCAUCAAAUCAUGUCACAAGCAUUUGUCGGGUAUAGCUUGUUCUUGCUGAUUCUCUUGGAUA